AUGGCUAACAAGCACGAUCAGGCUUCUACCAACUAUAAGGAGGCGUUCUCGCUGUUUGACCGUCGCGGCACCGGUCGCGUUUCGGGUGACUUGCUGGGCGAUCUUCUGCGCGCCUGUGGUCAGAACCCCACACUUGCGGAAAUCAGUGAUCUGGAGAAGACGGUGGGCGAUGAGUUCGACUUUGACUCCUUCUUGAAGAUCUUGAACCGCCCCGGUGGUUUCCGCGAGCCUGGCGAGCCGGAGGAGUACUGUCGAGGAUUCCAGGUCUUUGACAAGGAUAUGACGGGGUUUAUUGGCGUCGGACAGUUGCGCUACAUUCUGACCAACCUCGGUGAGAAAAUGUCCGAUGACGAAGUCGAUGAGCUUCUCAAGGCUGUCGACACGAGCUCCGGCGAGAUCAACUACACCGACCUUGUGCGCACCAUUCUGGCCAACUGA